AUGAAUACAACUGAAGUUAGGGAGGAAUUGCACAGAUCUUUAGGGAUGGCAUCAGACGAUAGUUUGAUGAACGAAAAUGAAUGGGUCGAUGAUGAUUCAUACUAUAGUUUGAACAAUGAUGUACGUCUAGAUGAGGACGAUGAAGAAGUUGAGAACAAUGAGGAACACAUUUUAGGAGAUGAAUUGGAAGAGUGCGAUGUUAAUGGUGAACCAUAUGAUACUUUCACCAAAGAGGAUGCGAGUGUUGGUCCAAUUUCCGGAAUGCAAUUUAAAGAUGAAAAUUAUUUGUUUGCAUUGUACAAAGAGCAUGCACGAUUGAAAGGAUUUUCUAUUGUGAAAAGAAAUUCCAAAAAGAUAGUUGGUGACACUACAAAGUAUUUAACUUAUUGUUGUGAUCGAGCUAGAAAUCGCAAAGUUAAGUAUACCACAAAGAGUAACAAUUGUAAAGCUAGGAUCACUGCCAUUGUUGAUAGCUAUGGUUUUUGGCUUGUCUCUAAAGUUUUUAAUGAGCACAAUCAUGAAUUGCUUCCUGCCAUAGCUCGGUUAAUGGCUGGUCACAGGUCGAUUAGUCAAUCUUUGAAAAGGGAUCUUGUAGCUCACGAUCGAUCUGGAAUUAGACCCUCCAAGAACAUUAGGCUUGUUGAGGUUCAACGCGGUGGACCACAAAAUUUGGGUUGCACUCCAAAGGAUUGUAGGAAUUUUAUUUUGAAUAGUAGGAAUUUUGAAAAGCAAGAAGGGGAUGCGCAGUCAUUGCUUUACUUUUUUCAUGAAAUGCAGAUAAAAGAUAGGGAGUUUUUCUAUUCAAUAGACAUUGAUAAUAGUGGAAGGCUACAAAAUGUGGUACGGGUGCAUUCACAUUGUAAGGCUGCUUAUGAGCACUUCCAUGAUGCGAUAUGCUUUGAUACGACGUAUCUUGUGAAUCGCUACAGUAUGCCAUGUGCUUCAUUUGAUGGCAUCAAUCACCAUAGACAAUUGAUACUACUAGGAUGUGCUCUCAUGUCUCAUGAAGAUAUCGUUAGUUACAAAUUGAUUUUUAGAACUUGGCCUGAGGCUAUGGGAAAUGUUCACCCAAAUGCUAUCAUAACUGAUCAGUGCCUGAGCAUUAAGCCAGCCAUUGCGGAAGUGAUGCCACAUAUUGUACAUAGAUAUUGUAUUUGGCAUAUAUAUAUUCUCAAAGUUGCCGCUUUACUUAAGUGGCUUCCCAAUUCUAAAAUUGCACGUGGAGAAUUCAAGUACAUGAUCCUUGAUAGUAUUAGUGUUGAAAACUUUGAGAUAAGAUGGGCAGAAUAUAUUGCAAAGUAUGAUUUGCAAACAAGGGAUUGGUUCAACAAGCUUUAUAUUGAGAAGGAGAAAUGGGUUCCUGCGUAUCUUGAUGUAUUCUUUUGUGAUGGUAUGUUAUCUACACAAAGAAGUGAGGGAAUGCAUGCAUUUUUUGAUGGAUUCAUCUCCCAUCAAAGCACCUUGAAGCUAUGUGUACACCAAUAUGAGUUAGCUAUAAGAGCUACGCAUGAGAAAGAGUUGGAAGCAGAAUAUCGGUCCAAGGGAUUUCAUAUUAUAAGUGAGUCAUUGUUCAAGUGGGAGGAACAUGUAAUUCAAUGUUACACUCGCACGAUAUAUGAAUUUUUCAAGUCAUAA